UCCUGAUCCCAUCCCACCCUGAGCCCCUGGCCUCAUCCCUCAGCUCUCUGUGAAAGGUGGGGGGGGAAUCCCCCCAUCUCCCUACUCCCCAGGAGGGGCAGGCACCCCCUGGCACCCCCUCCCCAGCACACCACCCUCCCACCCCGCCAGCUGCAGCUGGGACGGCUGCCUCAUCCCACCCGCCUGUGGGCACUUAAGAGCCAGGGGCGGCCUGGGGCAGGGGGGUUGUGUUGGGCAGGAUGGCUACUGGGGAGCAGAGGAGGCAAGAGGAGCGGCGGCGGCGGAGGGCUCAGCAGCAAGAUCUGCUCCUGGCAGAGAGCCUAGGCAAGCACCCCCUGCAGAACAGGUGGGCGCUGUGGUUCUUCAAGAAUGACAAGAGCAAGAUGUGGCAGGCGAACUUGCGCCUUGUCACCAAGUUCAGCACUGUGGAGGACUUCUGGGCGCUGUACAACCACAUCCAGCUUGCCAGCAAGCUCACAUCUGGCUGUGAUUACUCCCUCUUCAAGGACGGCAUCGAGCCCAUGUGGGAGGACAGCCAGAACAAGCGCGGUGGGCGCUGGCUCAUCACCCUGGCCAAGCAGCAGCGGCACACCGAGCUGGACCGUUUCUGGCUGGAGACGGUGAGUGUGGCCCCACUCGGGCUGGCCUGCAGGGUCCUGGAAGUGGUGUUUCCCCCUGCCCCAGCACUCAGUCCCAGUGGGGACUGUCCUGGGCUCUCCUUCUCCUCCCGGCAGCUGCUGUGCCUCAUCGGGGAGAUGUUUGAUGAGUACAGCAAUGAGGUGUGCGGGGCCGUCAUCAACAUCCGUGCCAAGGGGGACAAGAUAGCCAUCUGGACCCGGGAAGCGGAGAACCGGGAAGGGGUCACCCACAUCGGGCGUGUCUACAAGGAGCACCUGGGCCUCUCGCAGAAGGUGGCCAUUGGGUACCAGGCCCACGCAGACACGGCCACCAAGAGUGGCUCCCUCAGCAAGACUAAGUUUGUGGUGUGACUGUGGGGGGAGCGGGGUGCUGCCUGAAGGGUCCCCCUGUCCCAUCCCACAAUGAAUGUCUGCAGCUGAGCAUGGUCUGUGUGUCCAGGGCUGGGCCAGGACUCUCGCACCCUGGGGUGGCUCUUGUUUGGGAGGGCGAUGAUGUGUUGCUCUAUCCUGUACCUGUACACUAAGUGAGAGGGGCCAGGGGCAUCCUUGUGGGUUUGGGGCACAGCGUGUGUCCCCCUGCAUCUCCCAGUGCCUGGGAACCAGUGUCCCUCUGCUCUGGGGUUCCAGGAUAGUCCCCAGGGAGAAACUGGGUUCUGUCCUCCCCUGGUCAAGGCACAGGCACAGCUUGCUGCCCUGCGAGCUUGGCUGUGGGAGAGGGUACCAGUGCCCAGCUCCUCUGGGUCAGCUCAGCUUGGGAACAUGGUCCCCAUCUCUCCCAAGCCCCUGUGCACUGGUGGGAUGUGGGUCUGCCUUCUUGGGAAGAGCAACUCCCCAGUCCAGGGUUGCCUAGUGUCCCGCAGGGUCGAUGCUGGGGCUCCAGAACU